AUGAGAGGAACAAGGAGUAGUGGAAGAAAAAAAAGGAACGAGGUAGCUGGAGUCGGACGUGGAGCUGGACGUGGAGCUGGAUACAGAGCUGGACUGGAGCUGGAGCUGGACCUAGACCUGGACCUGGAGCUGACGUGGAUUGGAUAUAGAGCUGGACUGGAGCUGGAGCUGGACCUGGAGCUGGACCUGGACCUGGACGUGGAGCUGGACGUGGAGCUGAUCAUGAGGAUCGAAAAGAAGAUAUCAUACCGCCAAUUACAUCAACUACAAAUCUCUUUUUCCAAAGUCGACGACCACUUCGGUAAUCUCGAAGCGCCUUUCGAGUCUAAGAUCAAGGAAACUAUCGGCCCUGAAACGCAGUCAGGAUUCGUUCAUGCGAUGGCUAAAGCGGUCGAAGGGGGUGUCGAUAUGAGAGGCUAUCUGGCCUGGAGCCUGAUGGAUAAUCUCGAGUGGGCCGAAGGUUACGAGACACGACUUGGGGUUACGUUUGUGGACUACGAGGGCGGGCAGAAGAGGCACUUGAAGAAGAGCGCGAAUAUUCUUGGGUCAUGCUGCUUGUUUUUCUCUUUUGCUUACCCGUGGUCUUUACAAGAGCUCGGCAAGAAUAGCAGCGCAAGAUACCAUCGGUCCUAUUCCGAAGCUUUUGAACACCGACACGGCGCCUAUCCCGAUCCUAUUACAUUCUUGGUCGCAAGCGGAAGAGCAUAA